AUGGACGAGUCAGACACUCCUACAGCACGAUGGCAGCAGCGAGAGUGGAAGGAGAGUAUUGGUGGUAGGCAAGAGAAAGCUCUCGAGACUCACGGAAAGCGGCUCCGAUUCCUCGAGGGAACACUACGGGAUGCUUAUACGCAGUGCGAGUCCAUGAAGAUCCUCACGAAAAAGAUGAUACUCGACAAGAAGUGCAUCGUCAACGCGAGAAUAGUCGUCGUUGGAGCUUCUGAUACUGGCUUGUCGGCCCUGUCAUCGCUAAUGUCGAUGCCCAGGCUCCACUUCACCUCGCUUACGCUAUUGGCACCCGGGGGGAUCAGCUAUUUCCUGGAUGAUGACCUAGACCGCAUCAGUUCCUCACAGCACUCACUCACCAAGAAGCCUCUCUGUCACGUCUGUUCAAGAGCCAGGCGUCCGAGAGAGGCCACACAGCGUCGCUCCGCCAAAUUCUCCCCUCGGGAGCUGCGCCGUCUCAUGAUGGACUCUCGUGUGCGCAUACUAGAUGCGAGGAUGAUAUCCCUCAAUCGAGGCGCGAAGACUAUCUCUGUGGUACCGAGCUGUGAGGACGGUUCGGAAGCAGAGGCUUCUGGAAGACUUAUCGAAGUUCCUUAUGACUAUCUGAUUCAAGGUUUGCUCGGCAGGCUUGUCCCUCCUAAGAAGAUCGUGCUGGUCCUACCGCCCAGAAGAAGUCGUGAGACUAUCGCGGAUGAGGACGAAGUACUGCCUGUGGACGCCUUUGAAGAAGGCGAGGCUGUUGAGCAGAAGUUGCACUGCGUUCUGGAGAGCAUCGGAGUACGGGUCCAUAGUGACCUCACUCUGACAGGAGUGGAGCAAGACACCAGGCAUCGGCUUAGUGCAGUCAGGCUCAUCGGGUUACCUGGUGAUACGGAUAAGUCCGAGGAGCCGCAAGGAACACGAGGAGGACCAGUACGAGGGAUUCUGGAGAGGCUGUUAAAGGCGAACACCUCGGAGGAUCCAAUACAAUACAAGAUCACUUGCCGAGUUUUGCUCACAGCUGAUGGUCACAGCGUCGACCCGAGAAUAUUCUCGUGCAUUUACGCCAAUGAGCUUGUGUAUGACGGACGUCUCAUUGUGGACCACCUCUUCCGAACUAUAGACGAAAAUAUCUUCGCUGCCGGCACUCUCUGUGAGUUCUCCCGUCGGUAUGUAGAAGCUCAGGGUAGCGGCAGAGGGACGAGGAAAUUCCAUCAGAGUCUGCGCCUGGAUGGCUACAAUGGUCGUGAGGUUGGCGGCAGGCUAGCUGAGGCCAUUGUCAAGUAA